CUAGUUUGUCGCUGAGGGGUACGUCACUGAGGGGCUGUGCUCACUUCUCUUUCCGCUUCCACUCCCAGCGCCCCGGAGAGCAUCCAUCCGCUCGCUUUCCUGGCGUGAGAUGAGACGAAUUCCGCUCCAUUGUUGGCGCUCUUGGUGCGUGAUUGAUUGUUGUUGUACCGUGUCGUGCUGCCUUUGAUCUAUCAUUCCAUCUGUCGGAUCGAACUUGACCAUCAACAUCCACGGCGUUGAUACUCGGCACUGCUGUUGUUUUGUACCUUUCUUCUUCCGGAGCACCAAUCUUUAUGAUCUGAAUAUCUUCAAUUACUUUUACUUCCAUCAACCCAGUGACCAUCAUGGCGGAUCCAGAAGUAGCAACUAAAUCUCCCGAGAGCGACGCACUCGAGGACAUGCCUGUCGCUGAGCCUACUACAGUACCUAAUACAAUCGACUCACCUUCGGCCUCUGCUGCCGCUCCAGCUCCAGCUUUGUGCGAUAACUGUACCUCAGACAGGCCUACUCCUGCUGGGCAAAAACCGACGGGUGAGAUUAUCAAGCUCAACGACAUUGACGUAUACGUUUCGAAACCGGCCGACUACCCUCACACUCCAUCCAAGCUCCUCCUCCUCCUGACUGGCGGCACCGGUCUUCAUAGCGUGAACAAUCAGAUUCAAGCCGAUAGGUUUGCCCAAGAUGGCGGUUUUGUCGUGGUCAUGCCCGAUCUUUUUGAAGGUGACCCAGCACCCAACCCGACGACCGCACCAAGUUCCGAAGAGCGCUCUGCCACUGACGCAGACACCGGCUCGGCUGCCCCUACAUCAUCUUUUCUCGAUAUCUUUAGGACCAAAGCCGCCGAGACAGCCAAGAGUUUCCUCAUCGACAUGUGGCUGGCCCGCCACACCGAAGACAAGAUCAUGCCCAUCUUGGAGAAGGUCUUGGACGGCGUACGUGAUGAGUUUGCCGAUGCGGUAGCCUACGGCGACGGGAUUUACGCGGCAGGAUACUGCAUCGGCGGUCGAUAUGUUCUUCUGCUGGCGCGCGAGCAAAGUCAAGCUCUGCGGAAGGCCUCGAUCAGCGAAAGGCUGGGCGGGAUUACGCUUCCAUGGGCGCAUAAGCCUGCUGCUCCUGCUCCUGCUCCUGCUCCCACUGGUUUGGGCGGUAGUGAAGGAAAUAACCAGAGCGGUGAUGAUCUUGAAGCGAACAGACAGAACAAAAUUUCGGGCCCACGGGUUAAGGCGGGAGCGAUCGCGCAUGCGACGCUGGUGUCAAAGGACGAUUUCAAGGGUCUGAAGGCCCCUAUCAGUAUGGUCUCGGUGGAGCAUGACCCCGUCUUCCCGGAUGAGGUGCGCAUGGCGGGCGAGGAUUACAUGCGCGAGAACAAUGUUGAGCACGAGGUACAGGUGUACCCCGGUGUGCCGCAUGGCUUUGCGGUUGUAGGAGAGUAUGAGGAUGCUCAUAUCAAGGAGGCACAAGCUGCCGCUUUUGAGCAGAUGUUGAAAUGGCUUGCGGAGCAUUGAAUGAUGUCUUGGUGAUAGUACAGGCGUUUCCUACUAUAUUUAGCGCUCAGGUUCGGGUUUCAUAUCGCGGCAUCCGAUGGGAUUCCGCAGGUAAAGAUAA